CAUGGAUAUGGAAAUUAGCUCAUGAUUUGCCACAGAUAAGGCAGUUACAACUAAACCAUUGAAAAAAUAUUGCUUUAACGAGCAGAGUCAAGCGUACUUAUAUAUUUUCCUGAUGAAUGCGGAUUACGAUUAUUUGUUUAAACUUCUCCUGAUAGGGGACUCCGGCGUUGGAAAAUCAUGUCUCCUGAUCCGCUUCGCAGACGACACGUUUACGGACAGUUUUAUAAGCACAAUAGGAGUGGACUUCAAAAUAAGGACCAUAAAUGUUGAGGGAAAAAUCGUUAAGUUACAAAUUUGGGACACUGCUGGACAAGAGCGCUUUCGCACGCUAACGACAGCUUAUUAUCGAAGCGCACACGGGAUCAUCAUGGUAUAUGAUGUGAAUGAAAAGGAAACUUAUUUACACAUCGAUCAGUGGCUGGAAGAAAUAGAAAGAUAUGCUUGCGGCGGAGUGAACAAACUUCUUGUGGGAAAUAAAUGCGAUUUGUUGGGUAAACGCCAAGUUGAGUACGAGGUGGCCAAAAGUUUCGCGCAAAGACUUCAGAUUUCGUUCAUUGAAACAAGCGCAAAGGACAGAACCAAUGUUGACAACGUGUUUUAUACAAUGGCGGAAGAACUAAGAGAGAAGCUUGGGUCACCCCUGACUUCUCCCGAUGGUGGAGGUGAAAAUUUAAGCUUGAAAGACAGUACUCCGGUUAAUACAAGUAACUGGCCGAAAUGUUGCAGUUUUUCAUGAUUGAGUGGUAGUACUUGCGAUUGUUACGAAUAAUAAAAAGGCUCGAUAUUUGCUCAUAAACAAGACAAUCACUUCAAGAGAGAUUACGAUUAAAAAUAUUUGUCUUCAAGGAGUAUGGUGAAACUGUAACCUGCAUGCGCAACCACUAGGAAAGUGUAGUGUUGUAUUGGAAGUAAGGGACAUUGUAAAAUGGGUAAAGAAACACUUUCGAAAGCUUCCAUUGGAAAAUCAAAAUUCUUGAGAAAGACAAAGUACUAUUCAAUACAUAAUUGUGGAAGGAAUAUGGCUUUCAAAUGUUAUACGCAAAAAGGGAAAAAUUUUUAAUUUUUGGACAUAUACAGUUUGAUUUCAAC